AAUAAAAGACAAAUCAAAAUUAAAAAUAAAAAGUUGACAAUGUUGCUUACAAUGCAGCAACAACAACAACCUUCUUAACCCUCUCUCUCGCUCGGAAUCUCCACAACGACGUCGUUUAAGCUUCACUAUCUCCGAUCUCGAUGAAUCCUCCUCCUCCGCCGUCGUCCAUGUCUACCGGAGCAACCAUUGAUAUGCCGAUCAUGCACGAUAGUGAUCGUUAUGAUUUCGUUCGUGAUAUUGGAUCAGGGAAUUUUGGUGUUGCUAGACUCAUGAGAGAUAAACAUACUAAAGAGCUUGUUGCUGUUAAGUAUAUUGAACGUGGUGAUAAGAUUGAUGAAAAUGUUAAGAGAGAAAUAAUCAACCACAGGUCUCUGAGACAUCCUAAUAUUGUCAGGUUUAAGGAGGUAAUUUUGACCCCUACUCAUCUGGCUAUUGUAAUGGAAUAUGCAUCUGGAGGAGAAAUGUUUGAACGAAUCAGCAAAGCAGGACGUUUUACUGAGGAUGAGGCUCGUUUCUUCUUUCAACAACUCAUAUCUGGGGUCAGCUAUUGUCAUUCAAUGCAAAUAUGUCACCGGGACCUGAAGUUGGAAAAUACUUUGUUAGAUGGAGACCCAGCACUUCAUUUGAAGAUUUGUGAUUUUGGAUACUCCAAGUCUUCGGUGCUUCAUUCGCAACCAAAGUCAACUGUGGGAACUCCAGCAUAUAUUGCUCCAGAAGUACUGCUGAAGCAAGAGUAUGAUGGAAAGGUUGCAGAUGUAUGGUCAUGUGGAGUAACCUUAUACGUGAUGCUAGUGGGAUCAUACCCCUUUGAAGAUCCCGUUAAUCCGAAGGAUUUCCGGAAGACAAUUCAGAGGGUUCUCAGUGUCCAGUAUUCCGUUCCAGACUUUGUUCAAAUAUCUCCUGACUGUCGCGACAUUAUAUCAAGAAUAUUUGUUUUUGACCCUGCAGAGAGAAUCACCAUUCCAGAAAUAAUGAAAAAUGAAUGGUUUCGGAAGAAUCUUCCUGCCGAUUUGGUGAAUGAAAAGGUAUUGGAUAACCAAUUUGAAGAGCCAGAUCAACCCAUGCAGAGCAUGGAUACAAUCAUGCAGAUAAUUUCAGAGGCUACCGUACCAGCAGCUGGGAUCUAUUUAGACCAGUUUAUAUCUGAUAACUUCGACGUGGAUGAUGACAUGGAUGAUAUAGAUUCUGACUAUGAACUUGAUGUAGAUAGCAGCGGGGAGAUUGUAUAUGCCAUAUAAUUUAAUCAUCAUAUUCAUAGAGACUGCAUAUUGAAAAGGGAAGCAGCUUAAUAUUGAGCUUUAUGGCUUUCUCAACAUCAAGGAUAAAGAAAAUAUUCUGAGACUAUUUCCUGCAGAUUGGAUGAUGCACGAAGUUCAUCAUGUUAAUUUAUAUGUUGUAUGCUUUUAUGGAACAGCCAAUGUCCACACCAGUUAUCAGUGUCACUUUUGUGAGUCGAGCAACAUGUUUUUUAUGUGUAGGGAUCCGCUGUAUUUCUCAAAAGAAAGUUCCACUACUAUGAUUUAGGGUGUAUAGUGACAUAUUUUUAGAAUUUAUGUCAAUGAAGUUUUUAUACACCUAAAAUCAUGAUAAUGGAGUUCUCCAAAAGGGGAGGAACAAACAUUGGGUGUAUAACAUUAAGAUAUGUCACAAAUGGAGGGGACCUCUACUUGUUUUCUACACUCUAAAAGGGUUGUUGGUUGAGGGAAAUGUCUGUUACCUUUUCCCUCUCAUUAAAUACGUUGUAUUGUUGUAUACACAUUAGCCUUUGUUGUGUCCUACAAAUUAAGGGAAAUCUUGUUUGAACUUCCCUGCAUAUGUACACAUACUCUUCAUAACCUUUCUACCUAGAAGUUCUCGUGUUUUUACUGUGAUGUAGUA